UUUCAGAAUAUAUUUUGUGCUCACGCUGAGCACAACUGAAAUAAAGAGUGCGGCGGUCAAAACUAAAAUAUACUACAUAUAAAUAUUUUAUGGUGCUUUUUUCAACAAUCUGUUUGUGAAGUCGGUUUGUGGUUUUAGUGAUUGCAAAUUCCUUAAGUCUGGUGCUUUUGCAAACCAAGAAAUCUAAACAAAAUUAUCAGAGUUUUGAUAGAAACUCGUAGGUACUGCCGUAUACAGCAUUUUUAAAGUAAUAUAAAAGUAAAUUAAGAUGAAAUUAGUGAUCUUAGACACAGCAGACUCAGUGGGAGUUUGGGCUGCCAAAUAUGUGAUGAAACGUAUAAAUGAUUUUAAGCCCGGACCAAACAAAUACUUUGUUUUGGGUUUACCCACCGGCAGCACACCACUUGGAAUGUACAAGAAACUCAUUGAAUAUCACAAAGCCGGAAAGGUGUCUUUCGAGUAUGUGAAGACAUUCAACAUGGACGAAUAUGUGGGCAUACCCCGCGAUCAUCCUGAAAGCUAUCACUACUUCAUGUGGCAUCACUUCUUCAAACACAUCAAUAUCGAUCCCAAGAAUGUGCAUAUUUUGAAUGGCAAUGCCAAGGAUCUUCUAGCCGAAUGCCAACAAUUCGAGGCGAUGAUCAAGGAAGCGGGUGGUGUUGAACUUUUCAUUGGCGGCAUUGGACCCGACGGACAUAUCGCCUUCAAUGAACCGGGCAGCUCGUUGGUCUCACGUACGCGUGUGAAAACAUUGGCACAAGAUACAUUAGAGGCGAAUGCACGCUUCUUUGACAAUGAUAUGAGCAAAGUGCCCAAGCAGGCAUUGACUGUGGGCGUCGGCACAGUGAUGGAUGCCAAGGAGGUGAUGAUUUUGAUUACAGGCGCACACAAAGCAUUUGCCUUGUACAAAGCUAUUGAGGAGGGUGUAAAUCAUAUGUGGACUGUAAGCGCAUUCCAGCAGCAUCCCAAUACGCUGAUGCUUUGCGAUGAAGAUGCCACUUUGGAGUUGCGUGUGAAGACAGUGAAAUAUUUUAAGGGCAUCCUCAGAGAUGUACACGAAAAAAUGAUUGGAGAUGAAGCUGAGACAAGCGAAAAUUAAAUUGCUAAAUUUUGCUUAAUUUUGAAGUGGUCUUAUGGAACUGCAUGGUAAAAUGGUGGAAGGUGUCUGAAGGAUUAUAUCGUUUUGAUACAAAAUUUUUUAUAUGUAUGUACAUUUCGGAUACAAAUUACCUCAACGAAAUAAAAUUUAGUUAUUUAGUACGAAAUUAAUGUUGAUAUUGCAUUUGUUCUAAUUAAAAAUAAACAAAUAAUAAAAGACACA